AUGUCGCUGAAGAGCAUGUUCUCACAGUUCGGUGAGGUGACCUCCUGCUGGGUGCCGCCAGUCGAAGCGCGCAGGAAGGAAACAGCUUGGGUGAAGUUCCAAACCAGCGCGCAAGCGGAGGCACGUGUGAAGGUUGAUGCCAGCGCAGGUUUGUCAUGGAUUCAUGGAUGGGCAGCGGCAUGUCGGUGA